AUGGCCCGGAAAAAGAUCCGAGAGUACGACUCCAAACGCCUCCUGAAGGAGCACCUGAAGCGCCUCGCGGGAAUCGAUCUGACUAUCAACUCUGUCCAGAUCACAUCGGAGACGGAUUUCGCGAAGCUCGCGAACGAGCAGCCAUGGAUGAACAGCACCCGCAUGGUGGUGAAGCCGGACAUGCUGUUCGGCAAGCGAGGCAAGAGCGGCCUGGUGGCUCUUGACCUGGACUUCGCAGGAGUGGAGGCGUUCGUUAAGAGCAAGCUCGGCAAGGAGGUGGAGAUGGGGCAGUCCAAGGGCCCCAUCACGACGUUCAUAGUGGAGCCGUUCAUCCCGCACAAGGAGGAGUACUACCUUUCCAUUACCUCCAAGCGCCUGGGUUGCGACGUGUGCUUCUCCGAAUGCGGCGGCGUCAAUAUCGAGGAGAACUGGGACAAGGUGAAGACCAUCUUUGUGCCCACAGAGUCAGAGCUCACAUCAGAGCUCUGUGCGCCGCUCAUUGCGACUCUGCCCCUCGAGGUCCGAGAAAGCAUGGAGAAGUUCAUCAAGGGUGUCUUUGCUGUCUUCAAAGACUUGGACUUCACGCUGAUUGAGAUGAACCCGUUCAUUGUCGUCAACGGGGAACCCUUUCCUCUGGACAUGCGUGGCGAGCUGGACGACACGGCACAGUUCAAGCACUUCCAGAAGUGGGGCGACGUGGAGUUCCCUCUCCCCUUUGGCCGCACCAUGUCUCCUUCGGAGGAGAGGAUUCACGAGAUGGAUGAGAAGACGGGGGCCUCGCUCAAGCUCACCAUUCUGAACCCCAAGGGCCGCAUCUGGACCAUGGUGGCAGGGGGAGGGGCUUCCGUCAUCUAUGCCGACACUGUAGGGGACUUGGGCUACGCACAGGAGCUGGGCAACUAUGCAGAGUACAGUGGAGCGCCAAACGAGGAGGAGACGCUGCAGUAUGCUCGCAUCUUGAUUGACUGCGCCACAGCCAAUCCCGAUGGCCGUCCACGUGCGCUGCUGAUUGGUGGAGGCAUCGCCAACUUCACAGACGUGGCCAAGACGUUUUCCGGCAUCAUUCGGGCGCUCCGAGAGAAGGAGCGGCAGAUCAAGGAUGCCAAGGUGCGCAUCUUUGUGCGGCGUGGAGGGCCCAACUACCUCAAGGGGCUUGAGAAGAUGCGUGAACUCGGCACGGAGAUUGGCAUCCCCAUUCAGGUGUAUGUCAUGGCUGCCGCCGGCCAUUUGGGCCAUGGGUCCUCCGCCGCGUGGAAACGCGCCGUGCUUCUCGCCGUCUGCGUCACCGGCAUCUGGGCGGCGUACCUCACGCAAGGCGUCGUGCAGGAGAAUCUCUCCACGAAGCGGUUCGCGCCGGACAACAGGCGGUUCGAGCACCUGGCGUUCCUCAACCUCGCGCAGAGCCUCGUCUGCUCCGUCGUCGCCUUCCUCAUGCUCAACAUUCUGGGCACCAACAUGACAGUACAGCCGCCGCUGCUGUCCUACUGGCUGCCGGGGGUCACCAACACCAUCGGCCCGGCGUGCGGCCUCAUUGCCCUUAAAUACAUCUCCUACCCUGCCCAGGUCCUGGCCAAGUCAUCCAAGAUGAUUCCAGUGAUGCUAGCAGGCGCCAUCAUCUACGGGGUGCGCUACACCAUUCCAGAGUACAUCUGCACUCUGCUUGUCGCCGGGGGAGUUUCCAUGUUCGCCCUCUUUAAGAGCUCCAGCAAGGCGAUGAGCAAGCUCGCUAGCCCCAACGCACCUCUGGGCUACACGCUCUGCUUCCUCAACCUUGGGCUGGACGGAUUCACCAACGCCACUCAGGAUUCCAUCACUGCCAAGUACCCCUUCACGGCCACAUACCAUCUGAUGCUGGGCAUGAACAUAUGGGGCACUCUGUACAUGGCUCUCUACAUGUUCGCAUGGCCGGGCGGCGGCGGCAUGGCAGCCAUCGAAUUUUGCCGCACUCACCCCGAAGCUGCCGUGGACGUGUUCCUCUUCUGCCUCUGCGGCGCCGUCGGGCAGAACUUUAUUUUUCUGACCAUCAACAAGUUUGGCGCGCUGGUCAACACGACCAUCACCACGACUCGGAAAUUCAUGAGUAUUUUGAUCUCGGCCGUGUGGAAUGGAAAUCCGCUUACAGGGCAGCAGUGGGCGGGUGUGGGGAUGGUCUUUGCCGGGUUGAGCUAUCAGAUUUAUCUCAAGUGGCGGAAAUCCAAGGGUAAGAAGAAGCGGGCGGGAUCGGAUUUGGGAGCGGCGGCGGCGCGAAAGGAGGUGGCUGGUGAGGAGAAAGAGGCGCUGAUGGGAAACGGCGAGAGGAAGAAGAGUAGGUAG